AUGGCCAACCGAAGCCCCGUCAGCGACCGCGUGCUACAGGCGAUUGUGACUAUACAGAGGGCCAGGCGAGUGGCUGGAGAAGGCGCCAGGGGAGCCCAGGGAGGAAUAAGGGGUGGAGAGAGUCAGCAAAGUCAAGCAAGUCAGCGGAGCCAUGGCGGAGGGGCGGAUGGGAGGGUGCGUGGCGGGGCGGGCUCGCUCAAGGAGGUGAGUCACCUCGUGGCGGGGGGGGGGUCGCUGAGGGCGGUGGUGGCGGAGGUGGCGGAGGGCCUGGAGAAGCGCGAGGUGGAGGAGCUGAUGACGGAGCUACAGCGACGCCACGACUGGAAGGCCACCCUCGAGGUGUUCGCGUGGAGCCAGCAGCAGGCGUGGUUCCGGCCCAACAUGCGGCUGUACAACGCACUCAUGGGCUUCCUGGCGCGGGAGCAGCAGGCGCACGCCGCCACGCUGCUCUUCCAGGACAUGCUGCUGUCGCGCGCGCGCCCCAACCACUUCACGUACACCGCACUCAUCAACGCGUAUGGCCGUGCCGGGUGGUUCGAGGACGCGCUUGCUGUCUUCGAGCAUAUGAAGACGUGCGAUGAUGAUGACUGCCGGCCCAACACGGUGACGUGUAACGCGCUGAUUGGUGCGCUGUGCAAGGGGGGCAUGUAUGACGAGGCGGUGGAGGUGUUUAUGGAUAUGCGUGCGGGGGCGGGCAGGGCGGGCGGUCUGCCACUCAACUGCAGGCCUAACAUAGUGACAUACAACACGCUGAUCGACACCUUGUGCCGGGAAGGCCAGCUCGAUGCCGCUCUGCAGGUGCUGGACGACCUGUCAUCAGGCGUGCUGGACCCUCAAGUGGCGCCCAACAUAGUGACAUUCAACACCAUCAUCAACGCGUGUGGCAAGGCGGGGCGCGCCCCGGACGCCGAGGCCACGCUGCAGGCCAUGGAGCGCACCGGCAUGGCCCCGGACGGCAUCACGUUCACCGCGCUCGUCGACGCGUACGGCCGCAUGGGCGACGUGGAGCGCGCCGAGGAGGCGUUUCACCGCAUGCUGCAGGCGGGCAUCGCUCCGGAUGUGUUCUCCUACACGGCGCUCAUGGCUGCGUUCGGCCGCGCUGGGCUGUCGGAUCGUGUCUCGGAGACUCUCGCUGCCAUGCAGCAAGCAGGCGUGCCGCCGAAUGAGGUGACGUUUCUCACUGUCCUGGACGCGCACGGGAAAGCCGGUAACCACGAGGAGGCGGAGGCGACGCUCGCGGCCAUGGUUACGUGCGGUUACCGCCCGUCGGUUUACAGCUGGAGCUGCCUGAUUGACGCGUUUGGGAAGGCGGGGCUGUAUGCCAAGGCAGCAGGGGCGUUUGAACGCAUGCAGGCCGAGGGGUGCCGGCCGAAUCUGAUCACGUACGCGGCCAUUUUGUCUGCUUGUGCGCGGUGCGAGAAGUGGGAGGACGCGCUGGAGCUGCUGUACUGCCUGCAGAGGACCGGCGGCGAAUGGGAAGUCGCCAUGUGUCGCCUCGUGAUGGCAGGCCCAGAGGAGGAAGGAGACGAGUGUGCGAACGAGGAGGAGGUGGUGGAGGGACUGGUUAGAGGAGGCGCGCGGGGAGCGGCGGGCAGGAGGGGCGAGAGGGCAGACGAGGGGUUGUGGGAAUCAGCAGGGCGGAUGUUCGGUGCGUUUCAGGCGGUGCCGCUGGCCAUGCGGCGUUCCUUCUAUAACGCGCUGGCUGACGUGCUCUGGAGCUUCGGCAUGCGGCGCCGCGCUGCGCGCGUGGUGGCGCUGGGCCGCGGGCUGGGCGUGUACGGCGGUGCCGACGACCUGCACAGGGAGGCGCGCGGUGCACGCAGGGGGGGGGGUAAGCCAAAGGCGACUUUUGAGUCGACUCAAAAGUCCGUGUGGAGUGUGGACCUGCACGAGCACUCCAAUGGAUCCGCCUGUGCCUUCCUCUACCUCUGGCUGCGCGACCUGCGCACCGCCUGGCAGUGGCACAAUGAGAUUCCGGAGGCCAUCGAUAUAGUCACGGGUUGGGGGCGGCACAGCAAGCGCAAGGACGCCACGUCAGACAAGCCCGCACAGGUGGCGCCGCUCAAGGCAGCCAUCCUGAGGGAGCUGCACCUCAUGCGCUCGCCCUUCCAGGAACUUUCUGUCAAUGCCGGUCGGCUAGUGGCCGGCGGGUGGGCGGCGUAUUCUUGGCUGUUGCAGGAGGAGAUGGGGGAGCGGCUGGAGCUUAGGGACGCGCCUCAGCCCGUGCCUCCUGGGGACAAACCGUACCACUUUUGA